AUGGACCUUCUUGCUGAUAGAAGAGCCAGCUUAGAUGUUGAGCUCCAAGAAGCUCAUGUCCAUCGGGCUUCCAGCAUCACAACAACUCCUUCUGCUUUGUUUGCUUCUUUGACUGCCCAGGAGACUGCCGCACGCUUGCACACAUCCAUCGAGUAUGGCCUUGAUUCCCCACAGGACCUCAAUUACCGCAAAUCCGUCCAUGGCCCUAAUGAGCUCACCAAAGAUGACGAUGAGUCGCUAUUUAAAAAGUUUAUUGGCCAGCUCUCGGAUCCUCUCAUCAUGCUUUUGCUCGGUUCCGCCGCCGUCUCGCUUGUCAUGGGCAAUGCCGACGAUGCUAUCUCCAUUGCUCUUGCAAUCAUUAUUGUCGUUACCGUCGGAUUCGUCCAAGAAUACAAAUCGGAAAAAUCCCUCGAAGCUCUUAAUAAACUCGUCCCGAACUAUGCCCACCUCACCCGCGGACCAAACAAUACCCACACUGUACUGGCCACCAACCUGGUUCCAGGUGACUUGGUCCAUUUUGAUGUAGGCGACCGAAUCCCCGCUGACAUUCGCUUGACCGAAUCUGUAAACCUUGAAAUUGAUGAGUCCAACCUUACCGGUGAAACAGAACCUGUCUUUAAGCAUUCGGAUGCCAUUACUCCGGAAAGUGUCAAUGCCGCCGCCGGUGCUGCCGCCGGAUCGUCAUCCUCUUACGCAGCUGCUUCAUCCUUUGCUAUCCCCGUGGGAAAACGCUACAAUAUUGCCUAUAUGGGUACUCUUGUGUGUGGUGGUAAAGGUUCUGGUAUUGUUGUCGGAACAGCCAAGGAAACUGAGUUUGGUGCUGUGUUUGAAAUGAUGAAAGAUGUUGAGGUCCCUAAAACCCCACUCCAAACUUCCAUGGAUCAAUUGGGCAAGGAGCUUUCUAUGAUUUCCUUUGGUGUCAUUGGUUUGAUUUGUUUGGUUGGAAUUAUCCAAGGCCGCUCCUGGCUUGAAAUGUUUACCAUUUCUGUUUCUCUUGCUGUGGCUGCUAUUCCUGAAGGUCUCCCUAUUAUUGUUACUGUCACUCUUGCACUUGGUGUGUUGCGCAUGGCUAAGGAAAAGGCCAUUGUGCGUCGAUUACCUAGUGUUGAGACAUUGGGCUCUGUUAAUGUGAUUUGUUCCGACAAGACUGGAACCCUUACCAAGAACCAGCUUACUCUUACCAAGGUUUGGACUCUUGGCAUGGGUCCAGUUGCUAAUUCUAGCGAUAAUAAAACUUCGACCCAGUCCAAUGUCAAACCUUGGGUCUCGAUUUCUGAAAACACGGAUAAUACAAUCACCCCUACUGCAGAUAUUGCAGCCACUUUACAGGUUGCAAGUUUGUGUUCUCAUGCAAGGUUAUCUUCUGAAACUGGCAAGUAUUUUGGCAACGCCACAGACGCUGCUAUCAUGGAAUCUUUAAAACGGUUUGAUCUUGAAGACAUUCGCAAUACUCGUACUAUUUUUGCCCAGGUGCCUUUCUCCUCAUCUCGUAAGUGGAUGUGGGUGGCUUCAAGCGGCGGUAAUAACAGCCGCAAUGUCUAUAGCAAGGGUGCCUUAGACCGCAUUCUGCCCCUGUGCACUUCUUAUUUGGGAUCUGACGGUGUGACUUCGAUUGAACUUGACGACCAGCUGCGUCAAAGGGCCUUUGAAGUUGAGAAGGCCAUGGCCCACGAGGGUGUUCGUGUGCUUGCUAUUGCUUAUGGGCCUGGCAAUGAUGCGCCUGAGAGCAAGAAGAAAUAUUCAGAGAGCACCACCAGCCUGGACUCAAGAUCUGCUACUCCUGAUGUUGACUAUGAACCCAAGAAUUUGACAUUUUGCGGUAUCAUUGGUAUGUACGACCCCCCAAGAGCGGGAGUCACUAAUAGCAUUCACCGGCUGUUGCAGGGCGGCGUGCGGGUGAUUAUGAUUACCGGAGACAAUGAGACGACUGCAGAGACAAUUGCACGCAAGAUUGGAAUUCCUCUUGUUGGUGGUUCCCAGCGCUCUGUGCUGACGGGUGACCAGCUGUCGCACAUGUCGACGGAUGAGCUUGCGACCGCCAUGAAUUACGUGUCUGUGUUUGCACGUACAUCGCCGGAACACAAGCUGAUGAUUGUGAAGGCGCUUAAGGCUCGUGGAGACAUUGUUGCCAUGACUGGUGAUGGUGUGAAUGAUGCACCUGCGCUGAAGCUUGCAGAUAUUGGUAUUAGUAUGGGUAAGAGUGGUACAGAUGUUGCGAAGGAAGCUUCAGAUAUGAUUUUGGUUGACGAUGACUUUUCGACUAUUUUGUCUUCGAUUCGUGAGGGUAAGUCGAUUUUCACCAAUAUUCAAUCAUUUUUGAAAUUCCAGCUGUCUACCUCUGCAGCGGCCCUGUCACUGAUUGCAAUUGCAACAUUGUUUGGUGUUCCAAACCCGUUGAAUGCAAUGCAGAUUCUGUGGAUCAAUAUUAUUAUGGAUGGGCCUCCUGCCCAGUCUUUGGGUGUUGAACCUGUGGACCCCAGUGUUAUGCACAAGCCGCCUCGCUCACGUAAUGACCGCGUGUUGACAAUGGCUAUUGUCAAGCGAGUUAUACAGUCUGCGACAAUUAUCAUUAUUGGGACGUUGCUUGUGUUUUUGCGGGAAAUGAAUGACAAUGUUGUAACUGCACGCGACACAACCAUGACAUUUACGUGUUUUGUGUUUUUCGACAUGUUCAAUGCCCUUGCAUGUCGGUCUGCGACGCGAUCUGUGUUUGAGAUUGGGUUUUUCUCAAACAAGAUGUUUAACAUGGCAGUGGGUGGAUCCAUUUUGGGUCAACUUGCGGUGAUUUAUUUGCCCGUUUUGCAGCGGGUGUUUCAAACAGAGGCCCUGUCAUUGGGUGACUUGGUGUUUUUGACGGGACUGGCAUCUACUGUUUGGAUUGUUGAGGAGAUCCGCAAGGUGGUUAGACGGCGGCAAAGUGCGUACCGAUACGGUGGCUCUGCGGGGUACUCUACGGUUGUUUAA